AUGGUCAAUGUGAGUUCUUCUGACGACGUCAUCGGUGCCCUCGAGAUCUGUUAUGAAGAGGGUGCUCCUGUAGCAGUCCGCAGUAAUGAGGGCAGUUCGUACAUCGGGCAAUCUACGAUCAAUGGUGGUAUUGUCAUGAACCUUGAGAAGUUAGUCGACUUCAGUGUUACCAAGGAAGGUGACGACUACAUUGCCUCUCUAGGAGCAGGGUUGAGACUGUUAGAAGUCUAUUCUAGGCUAGCCCGUAACGAUCCCCCACUCGGUCUGGCUGGAGGCUCUGGUCCGACUGUUGGUGUUGCUGGCUUGAUCUCGGGAGGUGGGCAUGGUCUAUCAUCAGCUAAGUAUGGCAUUACAUCCGACCGGCUUGUAUCUGCUGAUGUUGUUGUCUACAAUGAUACCACCGGAGAGUUUGAACUAGUCACCGCUACCGCAUACAACGAAUACUCUGAUCUCUUGUUUGCUCUAAGGGGUGGCAUGGGUGGCAACUAUGGUGUAAUUGUCGCACUGCGUUACAGAGCGUUCCCUGUCACCAAUGUGGUUGUGAUCUCUGGUAAGGAUGCUACUAUCGACCCCAACCUCCAAGCUCAGCGCAUCAAAUCUUUCCAAACAUUCAUGCACUCUUCUGCGGCUGGCCCUGAAAUGUUUGGCAUCGGCAAGUUCCUGGGUGGCGGUGCUAUUCAAUACAGCGCACAGUGUAUCUGUGACGAGUCUGGUGAUUGCUCAUCGUGCCAUCAGAAGGUGCAAGCCCUUGCUGAUACAGUCGGAGUCGAUAAAUAUUCCAUCAUCGAGCAGAGCUUUGGUGAGGCUAUGUGGUUCUGGGCCGACUGCACUGCAGCAGCUUGGAUGGACUUCUACCCAUCGGAUGGCGUAGAGAACUGCAGUGAGAGUCAGCUGGAGACGUCGAUGAACGAAUGCUGGGAUUGGAACACCAAUACCCUCGCCAGCCCUUACAAGGCUAAGUCCCUGUACUUCUCCGAGGAUAUUAGUUUGGAUACUUUGGUGGCGAUGGCUGAGCUCAGUCUCGAUCCUAUAUGCAAGUGGAACUCGGAGUGUGUCUUACAGUUCGAUUUCUACGGCCAUGCCAUGAGCGAGGAGCCUCGAGACUGCGAUCCGUCACAAGGAAAGUGCACUGCAUUCGACCACCGAACGAGCGGCUGGCACUUGCAGUUGAUCGCCAGUUGGUAUCCCGGCGAGGCCACUCCUGAGGCUAGGAUACAAUGGUUGGAUAAGGCAUAUGAUACUGUGUUCCCCGUCUCGCUCAAGCAAGGUUAUCAGAACUAUAUAGACUCUGAUCUCGGCCCAGAUUUUGCAUGGGUUCAGCAGUACUUCCCCGAUACCGUCACGUAUCCUCGGUUACAACAAGCUAAGUUAUCCACUGGCCCAGCGAGUGAUUGUUCGGCUGCUGAUGCCAAGUGUGAUGCUAGUUACCCCGGAUCGUACUGUAAGGUUGAUCAGAAUCCAUCGAGCCGAACUGUCAAGAAGCUGAUCGUGAAUGCGCGGCCUCGUUCGAUGGGUCUUAUUGUAUGUAUUGGAAAUCCCCAUCGAUGUGCUGGGGCUCUAAUCAAGCAUGUGAAUGCUGAAUGA